AUGUCCGAGCCGGAGCCCGCGGGGAGCCUCCCCGAGGCGGCGGGGCAGGAGAAGCGGCUCUCUAACGGAGGGAGUCCCGCAAAAAGCAAAGAGGACUUGGACCUGGCUGCCGUCUACGUGUCGGACGCUCAGUACAACAGGAACAUUUUCUUCGACACGUCGCCGCAGGCCGUCAGGCUGUAUCUGCUCUACAACCACUGGGUUCCUCAGGUUCUCCUCUACGUCUUCAUCCUGGUCGAUCUGUGUCUCGCCAUCUUCGAGGAUCCGGCCGUCGUUCCUCUGCCGGUCUGGGCCACCAUGCUGGUGGAGCUCAUCUGUCUGUCGGCCUUCACCACCCGGCUCGUCCACUAUGCCAAGGUCAUCCCUCGAGACAAGUUCUGGAAGGACCCCAAGAACAUCUGCAUCAUCGUCAUCGUGCUGCUCUCCCUGCUGGAUAUGAUGAUCUACGGCGCUCUGAAGGCCACAGAUCACAACGCCGUGCGCUGGUCCAGGGUUCUGCGCCCGCUGCUAUUGGUCAACGUCACAGAGGGACGACAGCUUCGCCGGGCGUUCAGGAGCAUCCGCAACGCUCUGCCUCAGAUCUUCCUCGUCUUCCUGCUCUUCAUCUUCAGCGUCCUCAUGUUCUCCCUCAUGGCCCUCAAACUGUUUGUGAAACGAGAUCUGAAAACCACAGAAGGAGAGCCGUACUUCACGCACUACCUGGACAUCGUCUUCGAUCUGUACGUCCUCGUCACCACGGCCAACAGCCCCGACGUCAUGAUGCCAGCGUACAACGCCAACUUCUUCUUUGCCAUCUUCUUCUUCUUGUACAUCCUCGUCAACACCUACAUCUUCAUGUCUGUCUUCCUGGCCGUCGUGUACAACAGCUACAAAAAGUACCUGAAGGAGGAGGUACGGCAGCUGGUGAGGGCCAAAAGGCACAAGAUGGCACGAGCGUUCGCGGUGCUGCAGGAGAGGCGGGAGGAGGGGGCGGAGCCAGUGGUGACCCGAGACUGCUGGAACCAGCUCGUCCGAUUGGUCCAGUCCGACAUAAGCACCGCCCACAGAGAGCUGCUGUGGAGCGUCUCGGACGACAAGAACCAGGGUUACAUAGGUAAACUGGCGUUCGUCCAGCUGGCGGACCUGCUGAACAUCCAGGUGAUCACGAUGAAAUCGAGGCCACACCCACUGCAGACGUUAUGCCCCGCCCUCUACCUGUCCCCGCCCAGCCGGCUGCUGUGCCGAGUGGUCCAACACCGGGCGUUUGUGAUAGCCUUCGACCUGAUCAUCCUGGUGAAUGCCGUGUUCAUCGGCCUGGACGAGGAGGAUCCUGUGAUCGGCAACUCGGAGUGGGUUUUCCUGGCUCUCUACAUGCUGGAGAUCCUGCUGAAGCUCUACGCCUUCGAGCCCCGAGCGUUCUUCUCCAGACACAACUUCUGGAACUGGUUUGACACCAUCAUCGUCAUCUCAGCUCUCAUCGCCACCAUCGUUAACACAGCGGUGGAAUCAUCAUUGCAUUACAGCCCCCGGGAGAUCCUGGACAUCGUCUUCGUCCUGCGGGUGCUCCGGCUGAUCCGUGUGGUCGACAGCAUCAAAAGGUUUCGUACCAUCAUCAACACGCUGAUUCGGAUCGGACCAACAAUAUUGACGUUUGGACAGCUCAUUGUCGUGAUCUACUAUAUAUUUGCCAUGGUGGGGAUGGAGCUGUUCAAAGGGAAGGUGCGGUAUGUGGAGUCCAGCGACCCGCAGCAAACCGACUGUGGAAACCCUCUGCUGAAGGACUCGGCCUUCGCCAACCGCAACUACUGCAAGAACAACUUCAAUGACGUGGUGUCAUCCUUCAUCCUGCUGAUGGAGCUCACCGUCGUCAACCAGUGGCACGUGCUCAGCAGCGGCUUCACCGCCGUCACCCACAAGUCGGCCAGACUCUUCUUCGUCCUCUUCCACAUCGUGGUCGUCAUCAUCAUCAUCAAUAUCUUCGUGGCGUUCGUGCUCGAGGCGUUCUCCGUCGAGUACUCGGUGGAGAAAGGCGACCUGCAGACUUCUCUGGAGAAGAAGAUCAACGAGCUGGAGCUGGCCGUGGCUCAGGAGCAGCAGGAGGAAAACCUGGUCGACUCCAUGGAAACCAGCGACAACGACCUGGGAAGCGGCCAAUCAGCGAAGAGCAAACCCGCCCUGAUGUUUAAGAUCGCCUCGAAACGGUACAGGACGGUGGACGGUUUGCUGCAGCGGAUGUUCGAGGCUGAUCUGAGUCCUGACGACUUCGCCGCGGAAGAGGACGCCGACACGCCCAACUUCUCAAACCCGAUCUUCAGCUCCGCGUAGACACACAUGAAGGGACCCGACUACGGCAGCCUGUCAGGGACACUGUGGGGGAACAAUAUGAAGCUGGAGGACAGGGGAGGGGGGGUAUUCUGAGGAAACUUUUUGUGUCGACUCUGCUGCUGCUCGCCGGCUAUCAGGCCUGCAGCUGAUAACCUCAAAUUCUUUAUCCUAUUUUUUUUUUUAUCCUAAAUUUG